UUUCACAUACAUCUAUGUUGUUUUCCUGUACUGUAGCAUUAUAUUACUUUCCCCUUCUUAUCUUAGUAGUAUCAUCACUGAAACACGGCGACACGAACUGAGACACUGCUGCUUCAUACAGCUGCUCUCCAAUUAGCUACAUAACGUUAAGCUAAGCCGGCUGGGCUAAGUGCGGUUAGUCAACGUUAGCUUUAGUUAGCUUGUGUCUGAACUACCGUGAAACAAAAUGUCUCUGAACACCGUUGUGGGGAUGUUGUCGAGCCUGCAGUCGUUCCAGACUGACAUCGGGACGGGGAUGGACAUAGUGACAGAUGUGGCUAUUGACCUGGUGGAAGCUCAGGAUGGAGAGGUUCAUCCUGGCAUCAAAGACAUGGAGGCCAUGAUUCUCGAGUGUGCCAAGCUGGACAGGGAGAUUAACUACUUUGUUGACGUUGUGAAGCAAGUCACAUCAGAGGUUGCUACGCAGCAGCCAGAGGCCAUGUUCAGCCUGUCUGACAAUGUGAAGGAGCAGUUUACUGAGAGAAUAGCCCGACUCUCUGACACUGAUCUGCGGAAUCACCAGAAAGUAGUUGCCUUCAAGGACAGCAUCAAGAACUCGCUCAACCAAGCCAACCGAGAGUCAGAAGAGAACAUGGAGGAGCUUGAUGAGGACAUUGCUGUUUCACAGAGCCAAGUUAACUUCACCUGUCCACUCACACAGGUGGAAAUGGUUAACCCGGUGAAGAAUAAGAAAUGCAACCACCACUAUGAUGAAGGAGCCAUACUGGUCUUGAUCAAAGCGAAACACAGCCAGAAAAAGAAAUGCCGCUGUCCUGUGGUGGGUUGCGGAAACACAGACAUUAACGAGUCAGACCUGAUUCCUGACCAGAUUCUGAGGAGAAGGAUCCAGAGCCACAAAAGACACGGCAACCGGACUUAGUACUCAAUAUUUUAAUUUGAGUAAUUUAUCAUAAAGCUCAUGCCUUGAUAAUUGUUAUUUGUACAUUACCAAAGGAAUAUUUUGUUGGCAGGACUUUCAGAUAAUUGUAUUCAUUAUCAAUGCACUGAAGUUGCUGACUUAUGUCUGCUGUUUACAUUUUUUAUUUUUUAAGCUCUGCUGUCUAGUUGAAUUUUAAUUUCAGACUAGUUUGCAUUUUAGAUCACUUUAGGGCACUCAGGUCUCAUCGAAUGUGAAUAAAGGCUGCAGAUAUUUGCAUAAAAUAACACCAUUUAACAUGUAUAUGUGAUUUAGGAGUGUAAAAAUGUAUUUCUGUCUACUUAAUGUAGUAAGCUGAAAGAACCACAAGAGGGCAGAACAUUUCAUCUCCAGGUACACAGGGAUUAUCAGUAUAGCAGUGACCUCCACUGGUGAUAAUGAAGCCAGAGAAGGCUGAUUUAGUCAAUCUAGACUUGAGACAUAAACAAACCAUCCUUUAACAUCUGUUGGAAUGCACUUAUCUGAUUUAAUUCCUCCCUUCCUGCAUGCUCUCAUUCACCAUUAAGGGUCUUUGCACCAAAGAGAAACAAACAAAGGCUGUGUUGAUGUGAAACUAGGUGAACCUAAUCUUUUAAGUACAUCUUUAAUUGCUCUUUUCCUACACAGAGUGCGUCACACAGCACUAAGAGCAUUUCACCAAUCAAGACAUUAACCGGCA